CCCGCGUCCAACUCGCCGCUGCUCGUGCUCGCGGGGACUGCCACGCUCCGCGCGGCCCCCAGCCCCGCGUCGGUCGCACCCGGGUCUCACAGCUGCCCAUGGCUGACCUGAGCUUCAUCGAGGAUGCAGUCGCCUUCCCCGAGAAGGAGGAAGACGAAGAGGAGGAAGAGGAGGGCGUGGAGUGGGGUUACGAGGAAGGUGUUGAGUGGGGCUUGGUGUUUCCCGAUGCUAACGGGGAGUACCAGUCUCCUAUCAACCUAAACUCCAGAGAAGCCAGGUACGAUCCCACGCUGCUGGAUGUCCGCCUGUCUCCAAACUACGUGGUCUGCCGAGACUGUGAAGUCACCAACGACGGGCACACCAUUCAAGUUAUUCUGAAGUCAAAAUCAGUUCUGUCGGGAGGACCGUUGCCUCAGGGACAUGAGUUUGAACUGUAUGAAGUCAGAUUUCACUGGGGAAGAGAAAACCAGCGUGGUUCUGAGCACACAGUUAAUUUCAAAGCUUUUCCCAUGGAGCUCCAUCUGAUCCACUGGAAUUCCACGCUGUUCGGCAGCAUCGACGAGGCGGUUGGGAAGCCCCACGGCAUUGCCAUCAUCGCCCUGUUUGUUCAGAUAGGGAAGGAGCAUGUUGGCUUGAAGGCUGUGACUGAGAUACUCCAGGACAUCCAGUAUAAGGGAAAAUCCAAAACAAUACCUUGCUUCAAUCCCAACACUUUAUUACCAGACCCUCUUCUGCGGGAUUACUGGGUCUACGAAGGCUCUCUUACCAUCCCACCUUGCAGCGAAGGUGUUACCUGGAUAUUAUUCCGAUACCCUUUAACUAUAUCCCAGAUGCAGAUAGAGGAGUUCCGAAGGCUGAGGACACACGUGAAGGGGGCAGAACUUGUAGAAGGCUGCGAUGGGAUCCUGGGGGACAAUUUCCGACCUACCCAGCCCCUGAGUGACAGAGUCAUUCGAGCCGCAUUUCAGUAGCCAGAGAGAUUGCGGUCAAGCCCGUCUGCAUCUGGGAGGAAGACAGUGGUCCCAUGGAGCCUUUGGAUGAGGAGUGGAGACUCCUGAGUGGCAGCUUCGUUUUAACCCUCCAGCCUGCAUCGUCUUCAGCUGCUCCAGCUUUGGUGGACAUCUGUGACCAUUGUCUGCAUACACGCUGUUAUGAACUAGUAGAAGUGGCUAUUCAAUGUAAAGAAAUUCAGUGUGUGUGCACACACACCACAGCUUCUGGUAUUCAGACUUUUGCACAUACUGCUACUUGCUUAUGUGUAGAAAGAAUGAACGUAGUUUGCAGACCUAUUAAUAUGACUGUACCAUAUAUCGAUAUGAGACAGAAGAAACCCUCCGCGUUUCCAGAGCCAAGUUGUUCAUUUCCUGUCUGUAUUAAAAACCAUGCCCAUCCCCAACCUAGUGUCAUUCAUGAUAACAAAAUAAAAGUUUUGGUCUACAACAGCCUAGAACUUCAAAAUAUAACAUGAAGGAGUUGUAAAAAUUAUCUUGUGUGUUUUUUCUAACAGUCACACCAAAUUUAAUAUCAAACUGGUUUAUUACAGAAAACAAUUUUGGAAUUAAUACAGAAAUACUUUAUACAUUAUUUUUAAAGAAAUUAUUUGAAUCUAAUAUAGCUGGAACAUAUCUGAAACUAUGGCUUCUACGAAGUUAAGGAUAGCUUAAGAGAUAAAUAGGAAGAAAGAUGGGCACAGGGAUAGCUUCGUUUUCCAUAAUCGAAAUAGAAUUCAGUGGUAUACUAUAUUAAUUUAGUAUUGUACACUUUGUAUGUCUUCAAAAUACUUUCUUCUAUAGGUUGCACUUCUGUGUUGAGGUAAGCUAGGGUGGACCAUAUCCUGUUUUUAAGAGUGGCUGCCGUUAAGCACGUCUAAAGUCAUAGUUCAGUGUGACGGAAUGGUGUGCAGCAGGAGAGAUACUGACAGAAAGCAAAAACUUAAGAAAUAAAUGUUAUUGGUGGUUAUACUUCUUGAAAAAACAAAGGGCUUCACUAACAGUCUCGUUUGGAGGGACUUGUUGGUGGUAGGUAGAAUAAGGUCCUCUUCGGGGGUUUUAGAUCUGUUUGGUCGAGGCUGCAUUAAUGGAAACAAUACAAACGAAACAGUACAAGAGGUCUCCCAGAAAACAGAAGCAACGAAGACUUUGCUUCAAUGUAGAGACCCAGGCAAGGAGGAAGACGAGAGCCAUGCUCCUGAGGAAAGGAGAUGAGAAGGCUCAGUGGGCACAGCAGAGUAGCCCCAGGCAGGGCCUCCCAGGCACAGAGAGGCUCUGGAUGCUUUCUUUUGGCACCUUUUAGUAUUUGCUAAAAUUGAAAUAGCAAAGUAUAAGUUAAAUCAACAAACAAACAGAACAACCCUGCAAUCUAAACCUUUGCAUUGUCCAGGCUGGCAUUAUGAGACGUGUUCAGCCAUAGCUACAGCGAUGUCAUAAUUAAUGGACCAGUCUAAAGGCUUUCAUGUUUCAGUCAGAUAGCACCCCUGGCGCUUCUUUGGUAGAUCAGUGCCUGGGACACAACCAUGCGUAGGCAUCAGAGUCUCCACUCCAACAGGACGGACUUGGACUUGAGUUCUUGGUUUUCAUGUCUCAUACUUGCUGCAGUCUCUACCCAUCUGACCCCACGAUGUAUAAGGUGGAAAAAUAUAAUGACAAAAACUCAUAUAGUUGACUUCUAGAGUGAUAUCUAGCUGUCUCAUGCUUAUCCUAUAGUGCAAGGUAAAAAUUUCAUAAAGCAACCAAAUUGAUUUUCUGAGUACUUUUUAAAUGACCACUUAAGAUUAGUGUCCAUGGCUUAAUACUCUUUAUAUUCUUUCUUUCUCCUUUUUAAUUAAUUUAUUUAUUUUGAGAAAAGUUCUCACUGUCUAGUCUUGACUGUCCUGCGUCGAUCAGACUGGCCUUAAUCUCUCAGAGAGCCACCUGACUCUGCUGGAAUUAAAGGUGUGUGCCACUAA